AUGAACAUGAAUUCAAGACAUGAUUCGUUUUACGAAUCCCAGGACAAGAGAAGUUCUCUUGGUUUCAUGGAUCCACCCAGCUCGCCUCUGAGCUCUGUUCCUGGAGAUCUUGACUAUCAACGAGUCCCUCAGGAUCUACAACAUAUCAUGCCUGACAACUCUAUCGAAGACCGUAGGUCUAGGCUCUCUUCUGCCUCCAGUAGCGCUGUCAUGAGCACCAUUCAUGUCGCCUCGCCCAACAACACUCUUCACGAGUCUCCAACAUUCGUCCGAAGGUCUGAACGAAAGCGCAAAGUCCCCACUCGAUACAUGAAGGGUGCUGAGUCUGAUGAUGUCUCACUAGUUGUCAAGAUCAAGGUCAACCCUGAGAGACUUGGUCAAAUCCUCCAUCCAGCACCUCCUACCCCAUCGACUGCUACAUCAUCACCGGAGCCGAUGCUGCCAACCAGCCCUGAGUUUGAGCCUGGGAUUCUGCUCCCAGAGACUCAGCCGGUUACUUUGGUUGCUCCCAAUCACGACUUGAUUGCACUCUCGUUGGUUAUCACGAAGAAAGUGCCUAUCGAGCAGAAACCAAACCCUCGCGGUCAGCCAGAGAUCUGGGCAGAGAGUCGCCACCAUCUCUGCGAGAGUCUCAGCGGACUCUAUGCAUCCUGGCAAGGCUCUUACUACGGCAAGAAUGGUGUUGCCAAAGCGUUCAUGCUCGAUGGUAACGGCCAUGCAAGAGAUCAUCUUGACGAAAACGUCAUCAUCCUGCGAGCUAGUGGCAGCAUGGCAAAAGAUGGCGAGAACGGCAUGAAACAGCGCGAGGACCAAGAACCAAAGCAUCAGUACCGUGCCAUGGUCAAUUCCAUACAACAGCAGAGCCCCGUUGCUGUGAUUUGCGGUGACAAGAACAGCCAGGUGCCUAGCAAAAUGCCGCACAAGUACAACUCUCUUGACUGGUACAAAGUUACUCAUGUUUGGACCGAACGAGACAGAUUCAAUGUCAUCAAGUAUCGUCUUGAGAAGCUGGAUUCGACCACCGCUGGAUGGUGGGUUCCCCAAGGUUCAGAACCCGUUGUCGAGCUCGGAGCACUUGGAUCGCCCGUCAACCAGCACUGCGAUUCGUGCCGCAGCGAUUACGACCAGAUCUAUCUGUGUGGUUGGAUGUGCUUGAACAGCAAAUGUGAGAAUUUCUGGCUCUUGGCUGAUGGCAGUACACCCGACGCUGCGCAGCUAAUCUACGAUCCUCGCUUCCUGAAGCAGAAGGUCUUUUGGGCCAACGAGCAAGCACCUCUCAGUUUCCGCUUCCCCCCGUAUACUACUUCUGCCAUCGCCGGCGAAGACUACAAAGCAGAGAAUCUUCGCGGUAUGACUUGUCCUGAGUGCGGUAAAUGCAACGCACGUGUCAAGUGGGAGGGUUGGGAAUGCACAGGCUGCGGAUUUGAGCACAAGCCCAGAAUCACUCCCUUGCCCGCAGCUUCAAUCCAGGAUCAGAACUACCCAGUCACUGAUGCCUAUCCUUCGUCGCAUGAUUCUACUCUUCCUCACGUCAAGAUCUCUGUCGACUUCUCUCACAACUACCGCUGGAUCACAUACAAGUUCAAGGUCUCAGCUACUGAGGAGGGCGAAGUUGUCCACGGUAUUGCGAACAAAGUGGUGCGUGAGGAGGUUGGAGGCCCCAAUGAGAUGUGGGAGCAUCUUCAGACCAAUUGCCACGGGCUAGUGCGCAGGGAGUUGUCGAACGCUCUCAUGAACUCUUUCACCAUCAACUAUGGUAUGCCAUACAAGUUCAUUGCUGCAGGAGACAGCCUGCCCUUCACUGAUGCACCUUGGCCUGUCACAGAAGCUGUGUCCCGUCUGAACUGGGCGGACAGAAUGACGUCUGGAAACGACGUCGAAGAGCAAGAGAAGUUCAACGAACUCUAUCUGGUCGCAUAUCUUCAAGACCAAUCGAUGAGCUACCACGACGAUGGAGAAAAAGGACUGGGCUCCACAGUCGCAACUCUUUCCCUCGGCGGCCGAGCUGAUAUGAACUUCAGACCCAAGGCACCUUUCUACCACGGUAUGAAGGCCAUUACUCACAAUCAAAAGAAAAUGACCGUCAUGACCAUGGAUGAUCCUCUGCCUGAGUUCCCCAACUAUGAGUUGCGCAAGCAGUUCAUUGCGGAGAUCCAAAACUCCAAUCUGUCCGACGAUGAAGACAAGGAAAGGCGUGCUGAGAUGGCCGUUGCACUUCGCGCUGCCUACGCCUCCAAGAAGAGCCAUAGCAAAGUCGAUGACUAUGUCAAGCUUUCGCUCGGUCAUGGAGACAUUGUCAUAAUGCGCGGCGCUCAUCUCCAAAAAUACUACGAGCACGGAGUCACCCCCAAAGGCCUCAUGCGCUAUGCACUGACAUGCCGCACCGUCUUGCCUGGACACUUGAAGAAGUCUGAGCUGCCCGACUACGAAGUUGACCUUGUUCAGAACGAGUACGAUGGCCGCCGAAUUGCCAAGUGA